CACCAAAAGAGAACACCUAUCGAUAAUCAAUCAACAAACUAUUCACGUUUAUUUUGCAAAUUACAAUUUAACUUAGUAUGCGGAGUCAAAAAUAUAAAAACAAGUGUAAGAUAUUAGACUGAAAUAUCUUGACGAAAAUGGACUGUGCGAAAUUCACUGAACACGAAGAUAGCGAUCAUAAGGGACAAGAAAUGGAAAACAUUGGACAAGAACAGGAAGUGCCUGCACAAGAUGCAAUCAAAACGGAAAGUAAAAAGGUCGUACCUGAGUUUUAUGACAAAGCACAGAAAUAUUGGUCAGAAGUACCAGCAACAGUUAACGGUAUGCUCGGUGGACUUGGCUACAUCAAUGCAAUUGACAUACAAGGCUCGAAGAAUUUUCUCCGUGAAAUAAAGGUGCCAGGUAAAAAAUUAGCAUUAGAUUGCGGUGCUGGAAUCGGAAGAGUUUCGCGCAAUCUUCUAAUGCCCUUGUUUGAGACGGUCGAUCUUGUUGAACAAGAUGCCGCUUUUGCUGAGAAGGCGCGGGAGCUGUGCACAGGAGAGGGAGUUCGUCGAAGCAGCUUGGGAGAGAUAUACAAUCUUGGCUUACAAGAGUUCUCGCCCUCUCAUAAAUACGACCUUAUCUGGAGCCAGUGGGUUUUGGGACACCUAACGGACAGGGACCUGGUCGCUUUCUUUCGACGCAUUCAGCAAGGCUUGCAGCCAGAAGCAUACUUUUGUAUGAAGGAGAACGUCAGUGCCACAAAGACAGUAGUAAAAGAUGACGAGGAUUCAUCAGUUACUCGUCCUCUCGAGUUCUAUGAACGGUUUCUGAAAGAGGCUGGUUUCAGAAUAGUGAGAAAGGUGCGCCAACAAAACUUUCCCAAAGGCCUUUUUCCAGUGUAUAUGAUUGCCUGUAAGUCUAAGCGAACUACAUAGUAACUAAGAUUUGGUCAAUAUGCAUACUAAAGUUUA